AUGGCAUCAAAACUGGUACAACUUCAGGCAAAGGCAUGUCAGGCAACAAAGUUUGUGGCCAAGCAUGGGAGUUCCUACUACAAACAGUUGUUGGAGCAGAACAAGCAAUACAUUCAAGAGCCUGCAACGAUAGAGAAGUGCAGCGAGUUGUCUAAGCAAUUGCUCUACACUCGUCUUGCUAGCAUUCCCGGGCGUUACGAGACAUUCUGGAAAGAAGUAGACUACGCAAAGACCUUAUUGAAGAACAGAGCGGAUCUGAAGGUGGAACAUGCAGGGAUCGCUGCAUUGUUUGGCCUAGAGUGCUUUGCUUGGUAUUGCGCAGGUGAAAUCGUUGGCAGAGGAUUCACUUUCACCGGUUACUACCCCUGA